AUGGCUGAACGUGCGGUGUCUCUGCUCCAAAAUGUUCACGUGGCCAAACUGCUCAAGGCCAACGCGCUUCGAGACGCGGCCUCUGCCUCUGCGCUGCGGCGGGAGCCGAGGGCUUCCAGAACCAUGUGCAAGUUUAAAGCACAUAAAAGAUGUGCUGUCAGAGCAACAAAUAACUGCAAGUGGACUACAUUAGCCUCAAUUGGAAAAGAUAUCAUUGAAGAUGAAGAUGGUAUAGCUAUGCCUCACCAGUGGCUGGAGGGCAAUCUGCCGGUCAGUGCCAAAUGCGCAGUCUGCGACAAGACCUGCGGCAGCGUUUUGCGCCUGCAAGAUUGGAAGUGCCUUUGGUGUAAAGCUAUGGUUCACACUGCCUGUAAAGAUCUCUAUCCUCGUAAAUGCCCACUUGGCCAAUGUAAGGUAUCCAUCAUACCUCCAACAGCAUUAAACAGUAUAGACUCUGAUGGUUUCUGGAAAGCCACAUGCCCGCCAUCCUGUGCCAGCCCUCUUUUAGUUUUUGUUAACUCAAAGAGUGGAGACAAUCAGGGAGUAAAGUUUCUUCGUCGAUUCAAACAGUCGUUAAAUCCAGCUCAGGUGUUCGAUUUAAUGAAUGGAGGACCUCACUUAGGUUUACGCUUAUUUCAGAAGUUUGACAACUUCCGGAUUCUUGUGUGUGGCGGAGAUGGAAGUGUUGGUUGGGUGCUGUCCGAAAUCGAUAAACUCAGCUUGCACAAACAGUGUCAAUUAGGAGUGUUACCCCUUGGUACUGGGAAUGAUCUUGCUCGUGUCCUUGGUUGGGGAGGAUCCUGUGAUGACGACACACAACUUCCUCAGAUCUUGGAAAAAUUAGAACGAGCCAGCACAAAAAUGUUAGACAGGUGGAGUAUAAUGUCAUAUGAACUGAAAUUACCAGUGAAGCCUUCUAUUCUUCCAGUCACUGCAGAAGAAGAGUCAGAGGAAUGCCAGAUAUCUGCUUAUGAAGAUUCAGUUGCUACUCAUCUUGCAAAAAUCCUCAAUUCUGAUCAGCACUCAGUUGUCAUAUCGUCUGCCAAAAUAUUAUGUGAAACUGUAAAGGACUUUGUUGCCAAAGUAGGGAAGACUUAUGAAAAACCAAUGGAAAAUGCAGAAGAAGCUGAUACCAUGGCCACUAAAUGUACAGAGUUAAAUGAGAAGCUAGACCUAUUGCUCCAAGCCCUCCACUCCGAAGCCCAGGCUGCUCCCAUUCUCCCAGGCAUCGCUCCUCCCAUCGUGGAAGAAGAAGGCGAGGAGUUUUCCAGUGAAGAAUCCUUGUCUGAAAGCAAAGAGCAAUUAGCAGAGUGUGUUGCAAAGUCUUCCACCCAGAAACUCUUCAAACCAAGAGAACAGCUCAUGCUACGGGCAAACAGUUUAAAGAAGGCGGUCAGACAGAUCAUUGAACAAGCAGAAAAAGUAGUGGAUGAGCAGAAUGCUCACAGUGAAGAACAAGUGAACCAGUCCCCAGUGGAAUAUAGCAAAGAAUUGGAUGAAUCAAAAGAAGAGGAGAAGGAGGAAGAUACGAAGGAAUUUGAGUCCCAGUCAGUUAAAACUGCACCAAGAUCCCCAGAUCGGCGUGCAAGUCGAGGUAUCCAUUCUCAGACAGGCUCCUUCUCUGCUCCAGCUUUGGCUGCUAGCAAGGAAAACCUCCCUGUGCUUAACACGAGGAUUAUAUGCCCAGGUUUAAGGGCUGGAUUAGCUGCUUCUAUUGCAGGAAGUUCAAUCAUUAGUAAAAUGUUAUUAGCAAAUAUCGAUCCAUUUGGUGCUACACCGUUUAUUGACCCGGAUCCAGAUUCACUGGAGGGAUAUUCAGAAAAAUGUGUCAUGAACAACUACUUUGGAAUUGGAUUAGAUGCAAAAAUUUCACUUGAAUUUAAUAACAAGAGAGAAGAGCAUCCUGAAAAGUGCAGAAGUCGGACAAAAAACAUGAUGUGGUAUGGAGUCCUUGGCACAAAAGAGUUACUGCAGAGGACUUACAAGAACUUAGAACAAAAAGUUCAACUCGAGUGUGACGGACAGUACAUCCCCCUUCCAAGUCUGCAGGGUAUAGCUGUGCUAAACAUUCCCAGCUACGCCGGUGGGACCAACUUCUGGGGUGGAACCAAAGAAGAUGAUGUGAGUAGCGCUAAAGAAAAGUGA